UUUUAAAAGGAUCGCCGAGUUUCGCGCUUUCUCUGCUUAAGGCCAGUCUCGUAAAAGUGUACGCUCCUCGAUAGAGAAAGAAAGAAGAAUGAUAUGAGUCUGGGAAAAGGAAGAUAUGCAUAUUUAUAUGAACGAAGAAAAAGUAAACUGAUACUGAAGAUAAUCGAACGUCUAAGGUCAGAACAAUCGCACAUUGUAGCACAAGUUCGUUCGUUCGUUCCAAUGAAGAAAUAUUGCUGUCAAUAUUGCUCGUUAUCUGUAGACCGAUAACAAAAAAGCAAACAAAUAAAAUGAUCGAUUUUUCGCGCGGUAAAAGUCGAUCAUACAAUACAAAUAUCGUUCGUUCUUCUGAAGGAAUUCCCUAACGAGAAAAUUAUUAUGAUGCCGGGCAUUUCCAACGUUCAGGAAAUACGUAAGUACGUUGAAGAUCGCAUAGUAGGUUGAGGAAAAGAAGUGGGAUAUAAAAAGAGAGAAAGACGAGUCGUUCGAAAGGAUAUAGCCGAUGGAAGUAUGACGAACGUCGACGCCUCGACUUCUUGGUGGGGUUUAUAGAAAACUCUACCAUCUCUCCGUACGCCCGGAAUCGUCAUUGUACUCUCAGUUCCGUUUAAAACGGUAGAGAGAACGGUACAUCAUACUCUUUUGUCGUUUUUAGAACAAAAUCUUCUAAUAAUCUUUCUUCGCGUGAUAACGUGAUAAAGAACUAAAACGAGCAAUGUCCUUCGAAUCGGCGAUGCCAUUAUUAUUUUUCUUAACAUUGAUCGGUGGGAUCAUGGCGCAAUGUUUGACGGGAGAUGACAAUCCCAUUAUGAUGAAUCCACGUUCGAAAACGAUGCUCGACGAAGGUCGUUACGAAUUUGCCAUAGAUGCCUUAAAGAAGGCCGCUGAAAUACAAACUAGCGACAAUAUAUUCUUCAGCCCGGAUAGCAUUCACAGCGCUUUGACUUUAGCGUAUUUCGGUGCCCGUGGCAACACGGAGACGUCCUUGAAAAAAGCUUUGCAUAUUCCAGACGAUUUAUCGAAGAUCGACGUGAUGAGAUACUACGCUUUCGAGAAAUCUAUUAAACAAAAAAAAGAGAAUAAUGGGUCAGCCAAUUACGAGUACAAGUCCGCCAACCGGCUUUGGGUAACGGAUGCGAGAAAGUUGCGCGAUUGCAUGCUCGAUUUGUUCAGUGAUCAGUUGGUCAAGAUUGACUUUAAAAGCAAUCCAUUGGCCGUACGAAAUAGUAUAAAUGAUUGGGUCAGCAACACCACGAGGGGUCAUAUUCGUGAUUUAUUGCCAGAAGAUAGUAUCACAGAAGAUACGGAUCUCGUCUUGGCUAAUGCCGUUUACUUCAAGGGUCUCUGGCAAAGUCGUUUCGAUCCAGCAAAUUCGAAAAGAGAUAUCUUUUACGCGCCUGGCUCCCAAAAUUCCGUAAUCACGUUCAUGCGCCAGAAAAAGACAUUCAAUCACGUCGUCUCGGAGGAAUUGGGUGCUCACAUUCUUGAACUUCCAUAUAAAGGUCAAGAAAUCUCUAUGUUCAUCCUGUUACCGCCUUUCGCAGCAGCCAGAUUUUUGAACGACGGAGCGAAUCGAAACCAAGGAGACGGAGGUAUCAAGAACGUUCUUCGACACAUCUCUACUGAGGCUGGUGCGACGGAAUUAAGAAUACUUCUUGACGAUGGAAUGCCAUCGAGACAGGUCGAAGUCUCUUUACCGCGAUUCGAAUUGGAAAGAGAGUUACCUUUGGUACCGCUUCUUCGUUCUCUCGGUGCUGGUGACUUAGUCACACCUGAUGCGGCUGAUUUGCGAGAUUUCUUAGCCGACGGUGAGAAACCACUUCAUUUGGGAGACGCUGUUCAUAGGGCUAAAAUCGAGGUCACUGAAGAGGGUACGACAGCAGCAGCAGCCACGGCACUCUUUAGUUUCCGUUCGAGCAGACCGUCCGAACCGGCUGUCUUUAAUGCUAAUCAUCCCUUUAUAUAUUUCAUCUAUGACAAACCAACGCACAGUAUAUUAUUCUGCGGUAUUUAUCGUACACCCGGCGCACCGGCUUCAUCGAUACCUGCUUAAUGAUCUUACCUAGGAGAUAAACAUCCUUCUAAAGUACGUGAUUCCUCAUUCUUCGUACUAAAUAAUCGGAGCGAUUGCGCGGUUGGCAUUAGUCGUCCGUGCUCGUAAAUCAGCUGUGUUUACUUUUUAGAACGAUCGCUAGCAGGGGAUUAAUAAGAAAGCCGAUAAAAGAGUAAAUGGAUUAAUGAAUGGACGAAUGAAUGAUAAUGCCUCGAAUACUUGAGAGUGCCUGUUUGAAUCUAUGAAUGGAUACGUGAUAUUAAAAAUUUCAUAAUGUUUAUAAGUUUUGCUUUCGACCAAAGGUAAGCACAAAAAUGAACAAAUUACAGAUUCAAUUUAUUACAUAGAUAUAUAUUUAAUUUGUCUUUUAUGAUAAAAUAUGACAAUUGGUUAAGGAAGAAUCCAUGACUAAAAUAUUUACAAAAAGUCACUUUGUAAAAUUAUAUCUAGGUAGAAAGAGAUGUAUUCAUUGUUUUCAUUGGAUAUAUUUCUGUUUUUUUAUAACUUAUAGAGAUUACGGAUAUUGUUAGCACGUCAUAUUUAGUCGAUUAAAUUUGAAUGUGUACUUGUUACAAUCCCACUGAUUGAUUUCUAUUAACGAUAUUUUGAACAAUCAAACAAUACAUACAUGUAAUUUGUGUAUAUCUCUUUGCGAUGAGAGAAACUAUAUUUAUUUUGUUUAUAAUAUCUAUAAUACUUAUAACUAUUGUAUACUUUUUAUUGUUGCCUUUAA